AACAAGAUUUUUUCUUCAGACGAAUCUCUCCCACGAUUGUCUGAAGACAAGAGUCCACAAGACCAGAGAUUCACCGUCGAGUCAUAGUUCUUAAGAGACUGAUUGACAUAUGAAUGGCGUCGAGGCACUUAGGCAAGAAGGGUUUGGUUUUAGUUCGCUAUCAAAUUGGUCUCGUAGUCAUGAAUCUUUCCCUACUGGAACAUCCAUAAGGUAUUUUCAUGCGAGUCGAGAAACAUUGGCGAAAAGAAAAGAGGAUGCUGAUCGACUGCUGAGUCAUCGUGAACGCAAGAAACAGACUGUGAAAACGAAAGGAAAGUUCUCUAAACGGGAGAAAAAACCGGAUAAGCCACCUGUUGAAGCUCCUUAUGUGCCUCCUAGGCUGAAAAGAUUGGCAAAGGGAUUGCCUGAGAAGACGGUCGACAUAUUUGAAGGGAUGACACUACUUGAGCUCUCCAGGCGUACUGGUGAGUCAGUGGCGGUUUUGCAGAGCAUUCUCAUCAAUGUUGGUGAAACUUUUAGUUCAGAAUUUGACACAAUCAGUGUUGAUGUCGCCGAGCUUCUUGCAAUGGAAAUCGGGAUCAACGUAAGGAGGCAACAUUCUACAGAAGGAUCUGAAAUUCUUCCACGGCCUCCAGUUGUAACCGUAAUGGGCCAUGUCGAUCAUGGAAAAACCUUGUUGUUGGAUGCAUUAAGAAACACCUCUGUUGCGGCAAGAGAAGCUGGUGGAAUCACUCAGCACGUGGGUGCUUUCGUGGUGGGCAUGCCGGAUUCUGGCACUUCAAUCACAUUCCUCGACACACCUGGCCAUGCUGCUUUCAGCGAGAUGCGAGCUCGGGGAGCCGCCGUGACUGAUAUAGUUGUCUUGGUGGUUGCUGCUGAUGAUGGGGUAAUGCCGCAGACACUCGAGGCUAUUGCCCACGCUAGAUCAGCGAAUGUCCCGAUUGUGGUUGCGAUCAAUAAAUGCGAUAAACCAGGAGCUAAUCCGGAAAAAGCUGUUGAGGUAUCUGCAGCGAAGAGUACAGGGCUAGACAAAUUAGAAGAAGCUCUGCUUCUCCAAGCCGUGGAUAUGGACCUCAAAGCACGUGUGGAUGGACCAGCUCAAGCAUAUGUGGUGGAGGCUCGGCUUGACAAAGGCCGUGGACCGUUAGCCACCAUUAUUGUAAAAGCCGGAACCUUGAAAACGGACCGAGCAACACCAGCGAUGCCCGUCGAGAUUGAAGGGCUUAAAGGUCUUCCAAUGGCUGGCGACGAUGUCAUUGUGGUGGAAUCAGAGGAACGCGCGAGGAUGCUGAGCGAAGGGCGAAAAAGGAAAUAUGAAAAAGAUCGGUUGUUGAAAGCAGAGGAAGCGAGAAUAGAGGAAGCAGCAGCGAGAAUGGAAACAGAGUCUGAAGAAGGGUUUGUUCGGGUUGAAUUACCGAUAAUAGUGAAAUCGGAUGUGCAAGGGACUGCACAGGCUGUUGCUGAUGCGUUAAGAACAUUAAAUAGCCCACAGGUAUUUGUGAACAUUGUUCAUAGCGGAGUGGGAGCAAUUUCUCACUCUGAUUUGGACUUGGCACAAGCUUGUGGUGCGUGUAUCGUUGCGUUUAACGUUAAGGGUGGAAGUUCUGCUAAUCUUUCUGCAGCUCAAGCCAGCGUCAAGGUUUUCCAUCACCGAGUGAUAUACCAUUUACUCGAAGACAUCGGGAACUUGAUCGUAGAGAAAGCACCAGGAGUUUCGGAGAUGGAGGUGUCUGGUGAAGCCGAGGUACUUAGCAUUUUCAAAAUCUUAGGAAAGAGAAGAACCGAAGAAGAUGGAGUAAGCAUUGCAGGUUGCAAAGUGAUGGAUGGUCGGGUAUGUAGAAGUGGACUCAUGAGGCUGUUGCGAAGCGGAGAAGUGGUCUUUGAAGGCUCGUGCGCGUCGCUGAAACGGGAGAAACAAGACGUGGAACAGGUAGGAAAAGGGAACGAGUGUGGACUUGUGAUGGGAGAUUGGAACGAUUUUAGAGUCGGAGAUGUGAUUCAGUGCAUGGAGCCAGUCAUUAGAAAACCUAAAUUCAUUUCUUCUGAGAGUGGAGCUGUGAGAAUUGAAUGCUGAGAUCUACUAAACCCUAAACUCCUAAAUCAAUUAAAUCUGAUUGUUUAGGAUAUUGAUUUUUGCCUUUUGGGUAUUACCCUGAUGAUUAUUUAUUUUGUUACAAAAAUUGUCUUAUUAUGUAAACAAAACAAGAAAAAAAGUCAUAGGUAAUAAAGUUUUGUAACUUUG